AUCAAAAUUUUUGAAACGAAAACGAAAAUAAAACAGAAAAAACUGUUGCAAAAAUUAGUUUUUCUCGUUCAAAAUGAACUAAAUUCAUGAAAAAUAACACGAAAUAGUGAUAUAACUCUUCUUUCAGAGUUCAAAAAAUAAGCUCACUGUCGGUGUGACAGAAUCGAAAAUGGUGAAGCAAACUUGCGAAUAUUGUCAAGAAAUACUACCGACGCAUAUAGACUUGAGAUUACACGUACUGAAGUUCCAUCCAGCUAAAAUAAAGGAUUUAGCUUCCGUACCUUGUUACCAGGAUAUUGAAUGCAGAGAAUGCUCGAAGACAUUUCGUUCCUCUGGAAGCUUAAAAUCUCAUAUAAAAGAUGAGCAUGCGACCAUAUAUGAACCAACAACUGAAGUCGUAACCGUGCCCUGGCCCUCGCCCUCACCCGAUUUCAAUAAUAAGAUAAAUGAUAAAACGAAAAUGAAAUGUCCCGUGUGCAAUUUCCAAUGCCUUACAAUGAGCACCUAUCGCAGGCACGUGAAAGAUAAACACCCAGCGGACGUCACUACUCUCACACCUUCCACACGUGUAGCAAAAAAAAUGAAAAAAUGUCCACUUUGUUCCUACUCGAACACUAUAAAAAAAGAAAUCUUCGAUCACUUCACCGACGAUCAUCGAAUCAAGUUACAAACAAAAACCUUCAAUUUCGCCAACAUGGCUCAAUUUCUAGAAUGGAAAAACACGAUGGAGAAAGAUACAAACAGUAGCUACGCUCAGAAUUCCAAAGCAGUCACCGAUAACGGUAAACGUACGACGUAUCGUUACAUAUGCCAUCGUUCGGGAUUCUACAGAAAAGCCAGCAAAGGUAUUCGCAAAGUAAAAUACAAAGGUAGUAAUAAAAUCGACGGUUAUUGCCCUUCGGAAUUAGAGGUAACCUACGACGAAGGCGGCUGCCAAGUUAAUUACGUUAAAACUCACAUCGGUCAUUCGAACGAAAUACAACGUACAACGCUGACUCGCGAACAACGAGAUGCUCUAGCUGUACAAAUAGCCAACGGAGUACCUUUCGAUAAAAUUAUAAAAGAUGCUAGAUUAUCAAAAAAUGGAACAUCCGUCGACAGAUUACAACUAUUAACUCGUAAAGAUUUAUUCAACAUCGCCAAAAGGUACUCUCUGCAGCAGACAGCGGUACUUUGGGACGAUCGAGGAGUCGAUACUUGGGUAAACGAAACCGAAGGAGUGCUCUUCUACAAACCUCAAAACAAACCCUGUCCGCAGUAUCCAAAUUUAUUAAAAACCGAUUUCGUUUUAAUCAUUAUGAAUUUAUGUCAGAAAGAAAUAUUCGCCGAUUUCUGUCACGAUUUAGUCUGCAUCGAUAGUUUAACCGGAGCUAAUGAUAAUUUCGAUUUAGUUACCCUCAUGGUACGAGAUAACGCUUUGAACGGUUUCCCUUGCGCUUUCUUAUUCGCCAAUAGAAUCGAUCAAAACAUCAUGGAGAUGUUUUUCUCUCUCAUUAGAGAAAAAAUCGAACCGGUUCGAGUUAAAGCUGUAAUGACUGAUUUCUACGAUACCCAUCAUCUCGCCUGGGAAAAAGUAUUCGGUGCCCCAGCACGUCGCCUGUACUGCUCUUGGCUCGUCGAUAAAGCCUGGAGAUCGCGUCUAAAUCGAGUCAAACCCACCGAAGAACGUAGAUUAGCGUACACCAUGCUGAAGAAUAUUCAAACCGAAAGCAACGAACAAAAGUUCAAAAAACUAUUCGACUUGUUCUUGAGCAACGAAGCACUCGACGCCGAAUUAAGAUCUUUUUUCGAAGAGAAUUACGCAUCGUGUACCGAAAGAUGGGCUAGCUGUUACCGUAUCGAAGACCGUAUCAACGAAGAUAGUCAAAUGCAACAAAUACACGAGCACUUGAAAUACAUCUGCACCUACGGUAAGAAACAAAAACCGCUCGAAAAGAUCAUCAAUUCCGUACUACGAAUGGUCGGCGAUCACCUAGUCAAUCGUAAGGUGAUUUUGAACAGCGACGAGACCGUUUACCACUUGAAUCUUAUACAGAAACGUCACCGAGAUAGUUAUUUCGGUAGUUUCGAUUCGAUCAUCGCUGUCGCCGAAGGUUGGCACGUUUCAUCUUUCGUCGAACUCAACGAACCUUACGAAUUAUACUUCGUGCAACAAGUACUGCAAAAAUGCAACUGUAAUUAUACCUGUUCCGAAUGCCACGUUUGUAUUCAUCAAUUCGCUUGUUCCUGCGUCGAUCACACUGUUGAAAAUAAUAUGUGUAAACAUAUACAUUUAGUCAUUCGAUUCAGAGACGGUAAAAAACGUUUCAUUUUGGACGAAGGAAACGGUACGUUUAAAGAUAUCGAAUCGGAAAACGAUCAAUUUGACGAUCGAAUCGAUUACAAUACCGAUAUCGACGAAUACGAUACUUCUAAAAUCAAAAAUGAAAUCGACUCGAGUCUCAUUAUACCUGAUGAAAACCCUGUCAAGAGUUGCGACCAAGAUAACCUAAUCGAAAUAAGCUCAUUGGACAAUACUAGUGCUGUCGAUCAACCGAGACUUAUUAUCGAUACGAAUGAUUUUAAUAUAUCGGUGAUGCCGAUUUUAUCGCAGGAGGAAAAAUUGCAGAAGAGGAAACUCGAACUGAUCGAGGUAGUUACCAAGAAAAUUCAACGAAUUCAAUCGUUUCCAGAACUGUGUGUUUUGGAAAAUAUUUUAGGUCAGAUUGACGAAAAAAUUGACGUUAAAAUUAAUAAUAACGUAUGAAUUGAAUUCAAAGCUAGAUUUUUUCGUGUGUUUUUUUGUACUUUUUUAAUUUAAAAAAAAUAUAUUUGAAUGUUUUUGUAACAAUGUUACUGAUUUUUUUUUCUAUUUUUAAAAUUUUUUUUUUAUAUAUAAAUACCUAUCUGUGAGUUUUGUAACAAUGUUACAGGUCAUUUCAUUCGUGUUUUGUCUGCUACAUUAUUAGCCAGAUAAAUUUUUAACAUACUAUCAAUAAGUUCGUUACUAGCGAAUUGUAAAUAUAUAAUGGUUCAUUUAACAA